CUCGUGGGCGGAGCUUGUGUGGGGACGGCCGGAGCGUGUCCCAAGCCUCCGUCUCCUAGGCCAGAGUCGUGAGGAAGGGAGCGAAAGCAGCUGGGAGGCCGCGGGUCCUCGCCGGGUGUCCUGCCGGGUGUCCUGAGCCGCCGCCAUGGGCAUCAAGUUUUUAGAAGUUAUCAAACCUUUCUGUGCAGUUCUACCAGAAAUUCAGAAGCCUGAAAGGAAAAUUCAAUUUAGAGAGAAGGUACUAUGGACAGCUAUAACACUCUUCAUUUUCUUAGUAUGCUGUCAGAUUCCACUGUUUGGGAUCAUGUCAUCGGAUUCUGCAGAUCCCUUCUACUGGAUGAGAGUUAUUCUUGCAUCCAACAGAGGAACAUUGAUGGAAUUGGGUAUUUCCCCAAUUGUAACAUCUGGUUUGAUCAUGCAGUUGUUAGCUGGAGCCAAAAUCAUUGAAGUUGGAGAUACACCCAAAGAUAGAGCUCUGUUCAAUGGAGCCCAGAAAUUAUUUGGUAUGAUCAUUACCAUUGGGCAAGCCAUUGUGUAUGUCAUGACGGGCAUGUAUGGGGACCCUGCAGAAAUGGGUGCUGGGAUCUGCCUCCUUAUCAUUAUACAGUUGUUUGUUGCUGGUUUGAUUGUGCUGCUGUUAGAUGAGCUGCUACAGAAGGGUUACGGCUUGGGGUCUGGUAUUUCCCUCUUUAUUGCCACCAACAUCUGUGAAACCAUUGUCUGGAAGGCCUUUAGUCCCACUACCAUUAACACUGGCAGAGGUACGGAGUUUGAAGGUGCAGUCAUAGCUCUAUUUCAUUUGUUGGCCACCAGGACAGACAAAGUCCGAGCCUUGAGGGAGGCCUUCUAUCGGCAGAACCUCCCCAAUCUCAUGAAUCUCAUCGCCACAGUUUUCGUGUUUGCUGUUGUCAUAUAUUUUCAGGGGUUUCGUGUGGACUUGCCCAUUAAGUCGGCCCGGUAUCGCGGACAAUACAGUAGCUAUCCCAUCAAGCUCUUCUAUACAUCGAAUAUUCCCAUAAUUCUCCAGUCUGCCCUAGUGUCAAACUUGUAUGUCAUUUCCCAGAUGCUGUCUGUUCGAUUUAGUGGCAACUUCUUAGUAAACUUACUAGGACAGUGGGCCGAUGUCAGUGGGGGAGGACCUGCUCGUUCUUACCCUGUUGGAGGCCUCUGCUACUACCUGUCUCCUCCCGAGUCCAUGGGUGCCAUAUUUGAGGAUCCUGUCCACGUAGUUGUAUAUAUCAUCUUCAUGUUGGGAUCAUGUGCAUUCUUUUCUAAGACAUGGAUAGAAGUGUCUGGUUCGUCAGCCAAAGAUGUGGCUAAGCAGCUGAAAGAGCAGCAGAUGGUGAUGAGAGGCCACAGAGACACCUCCAUGGUCCACGAGCUGAACAGGUAUAUCCCCACAGCAGCUGCCUUUGGGGGUUUGUGCAUUGGUGCCCUGUCGGUAUUAGCAGACUUCCUUGGGGCCAUUGGCUCUGGCACUGGGAUUCUACUUGCAGUCACUAUUAUUUAUCAGUAUUUUGAAAUAUUUGUUAAGGAACAGGCUGAAGUUGGAGGGAUGGGUGCUUUGUUUUUCUAAAUGUUCAUAUAUUUCUUUGCGUGUGUGAAAGGGAAAAUAUUUUGACAUACUGUUUCUGUCAAAUAAGGCGGAUUCCCUUUUUUUCCCUAAGUCUGUUGUUUUUAGUGCUAAUUGUCCCAUUUCUGAAAUGGGCACCAAGCUAAGCCUGUGUGCAGCAUUAGUACCAGCUGCCUUAAAACUGAAGUUUACAUUAUUUGUUGGCACCGUCCAUCUAGUGUUGCCCGUGAUGCUGGGAUGCAGUGUAUCUGCUUAGCUGUUGGUUAGACAGCAAGACAGUGACAUGGACUAGCUUUGCACACAACAUUCAGAACACUGAAUAUUCCCUUGUUUAAAAAUAAACAGUGCAAAUUGCCACUUUCCAGUAUUUUUGAGCUUCCCUAAUGAGUUACGGAGCAUUUAUAUCUAAUGUAUAUUUUAGAUAAUUUUUAUACUUUUUUAACUCAUCGUAUCCAUGUUCUUGACCUUCCCUCACCAGCCCCAACCCCUCUUUAUUUGUCCUAUCUCCAAACUGCCACUCAGCCUGGAUGGGCAAUAGUCAAACAUCGAAGUUAUUUCUGUCACUGGAAACAACUGUUUCUAAUUCCUCCUGCUUUUCAUUCUUCUUCUCCCAGUGACAGCUAUGAGUGCUGUGCAGCUGCACUGGCUCUGCCUUCUCCUUCCAGCACUCAGUGUAAUGACCAUUAGUAUUCUCCUUUCCCCAAGCAGUGUCUGUAGUUGAGUGGAAGUGAACAAUGAAUUCAAACUAGGACUUUGUCUCUUACAUGCAUAGCAGGACCCAAACGUAAACAGUAGACAAUAAAGUUUUAUUUAAUAAAACUGUUGCAGUUGUGUUGGAAAAAUAAAGAGAUGCGGUAUU